UACGGGGUGAGGUACCUCGAGGAGCGGCGGUGUAGCAACUUCGAUGCCCGGCGGCGGCUGCGGCAGCGACGAACGGCAGCGUCUGACCGCACUAGCACAGGCUUGCAGGCAGCCAGCGGUAGUGCAUACCUUUUUCCAGCAGUGCUCCGGUCGCCGCCAAGCGUUGCUCUCUACCCGUUUUUUCACGUGUCUGAGCUCUUCAGCAAGCAGAGGCGUUGCGCCCGGCCUGCCGCCAACUAUCAUCAUCGUCGGGUAUCGGGGACCUGCCUCGCUUCACACUCGUCGUCUGCGACGUCGUCUGCAACGAGUCAGCUGUGUUUUGUACGCGCCGGGUCGCCGCUCAGCCCAAAAGGGGGUGAAACGACGACGACGACCAUGCGGUCCGUGGCCGGCGUGUACGCGCUGCCGGAUAAGUGCCGUGUUGUAGUACUCGUCGCCUGAGAAAACGUCGUGGUGCCGUGGAUUUCCCAGCAGCGGCGGCAGUGGUGGUGGCGGCGACGCGAUGUUGUCGCAGCCGGUCGGCAUGUCGCUGACCGCACUGCUUUUCGUCUGCUUCGUGGCGUGCUGCUGUUGGCCCGGUCCGGCGGCGGUCGCCGAGCAGCGUCUGCUGUCAGGUUCCUCCUUGCCGAGAACAAGGCCCGUGUUCCCCGAGCCUCUGGACUCCUCCCCGCGUCCGUCCGUGUCCAGGACGAGGCGGCACGAUCUUCCCGCGGCCAGCAGCCGCUGGCAACAAGCUCCCUCCACAAUCUCCUCCGCCACUGCCUCUACUAGUUCCUCUCAACCUUUCUCUUCACCAUCAUCGUCAUCAUCUUCACGUCCGCCGCCCACGGCGACGUCGUCGUCCAAUGCGUCGUCCUACACUUCCUCUAAUCGGCGGCGGCGUUCCUCCUGGCCCUCGGCGGGGUCUUCUUCGCGGAGGUCGUCUCGCGGUGGACACCGCCUCCGCCACCACGAAGAUGGCGACGCCGUGUUAUGGCGCGUCGAACCGGGGCUCACGCUGCGCCUGUGGAGGGACUCGAGUCACGUGUCCCCGAGGCUGCUGGCGCUUCGGUACCGGGACGCUCCCGGCGGCCAGGACGCCCGAGACCUGGUGCCCCUCCGGGACGGGGACGCCGAGAACGAGGCCGACGGCGCGGACGACGUCCGCAACUGCUUCUACUCGGGCGAAGUGGUCGGCGAGCCCGGGUCCAAGGCGGUUGUCUCCCUCUGCCACGGAAUGACUGGCUACAUCUACUCUCCGUCGAGGGGCAUGUUCACCAUCGAGCCCGUCAGCGGUGGCCAGGAACAAGACCAGCGCGGCGCUCACGUGCUCAGGCAUCACCGAGGCGGCCAAUCCACGACCAGCAACAGUACCCAGGACCACUCCUCUGCAGCGGAGGAUGGCGAACCUUCCAACUCGUGGGGCGGUCACCACCGGCAACAGCAGGGCAGCGCGAGCCACCGACGCCGGCGGCGCAAGCGCUCCUACUCGCUCGAGCAGCACGUCGAGGUGCUCGUCGCGGCUGACAGCAAGAUGGCGCGCUACCACGGCAAGAACCUCAAGCACUACAUACUCACACUCAUGGCUGCGGUAGCACACAUUUACAAGGACCCGAGCAUCGGAAACCUGCUCAACAUCGCCGUCGUCAAGCUGCUCAUCAUGGAGGAGGACGAGGACAACGACAUCAUCUCCCCGAACGCGUCCAACACGCUGAAGAACUUCUGCCGCUGGCAGCAGCAGCACAACCACCCGGAGGACAGCCACCCGUACCACCACGACACGGCCAUACUGCUCACCAGAGAAGACUUAUGCAGACUGCCCAAGACAUGUGACACGCUUGGGCUGGCUCAGUCUGGCAUGAUCUGCGACCCGCAUGGGAGCUGCGCCGUUGUCGAGGACAACGGUCUCAGCGCAGCCUUCACCAUCGCCCACGAGUUGGGGCACGUCCUGAACAUUCCUCACGACGACGACCAGAAGUGCGCCAAGUACCGGCUGGCCAGCCAGCCGCUCCACGUCAUGGCUCGCAUGCUGGACUACAACAGCCACCCGUGGUCCUGGUCCGCCUGCAGCCGACACUACGUCACCAAUUUCCUCGAUGCAGGCUAUGGCCAGUGCCUGCGCGACUCCCCCGGCGAGAACCUGCUGGUGGCGCCCCCUUCGUCGAGCAGCCGUCCCUCGCCGAGCAGCAAGCAGGCCGGCGAGCUGUUCAACAUGGACGAGCAGUGCGAGCUCGUGUUCGGCCGGGGCGCCAAGGUGUGCCCUUACAUGCCCGUCUGCAAGCGGCUGUGGUGCACCGUGCACGGCCACCCCCACGGAGGAUGCCGCACCCAGCACAUGCCCUGGGCCGACGGCACGUCUUGCGGCAAGAACCACUGGUGCCAGCAGGGCCAGUGUGUGGCCCGCCCACCGGACGCCGAGCGGCGCAAGAGGGUUGACGGCGAGUGGGGACCAUGGCAGGAGUACGAGCGCUGUUCCAGGACCUGCGGAGGCGGCAUCCAGAGUACGCGCCGCGAAUGCAACAGCCCCAGCCCGGCGUUCGGAGGCCGCUACUGUACCGGAGAAAGAGUCAAGUACCGCUCGUGCAAUACGCAGCCCUGCCCUCUUGGUUCCAUGGACUUCCGGGAGCAACAGUGUUCGGCGUUCAACGGCAAGAUGUUCAACUUUCCCGACGUCCCUUACAACCCGAAAUGGACGGCCCAUCAUUCCGGAAUCUCCCACGUGGACUCCUGCAAGCUCUACUGCCGGGUGGUCGACCAGUCCGCCUAUUAUUUGCUCAAGGAGAAAGUCAUAGACGGCACGGCUUGCAAUCCGGAGUCGUUUGACGUCUGCAUCAAUGGUGUCUGCAAGCCUGCCGGUUGCGACCACGAGCUGAACUCGACGGCCACGACAGACAUGUGUGGCGUGUGCGGGGGUGACAACGCCACCUGCCGCACCAUCAAGGGACACUUCAACCUCGCCCAGUUCGGCUACAACUUCGUCACAGUGAUUCCUGCCGGGGCCAGCUACGUAGAAAUUCACCAAUUCGGGUUUGAGAAGGACGACAACUACCUCGCGUUGAAGAGUGCCGAGGACGAGUUCCUGCUGAACGGCAACUACACGGUGAGCAUGUUCCGCAAGACCCUCCGCUACGGCGGCACCGUCAUCGAGUACAGCGGCUCCAAUGCCUCCGUCGAGCGCAUCAACGCCACCAAGCCGCUCGGAAAAGAGCUGCACCUCAUGGUUCUCACUGUCGGCAAAGUGGAGUCUCCCGACAUCAGGUUCCAGUACACCAUGUCGAUUCGUGACGAACGUCGCUACUACUGGGAGCUCAGCCCUCACUGGAGCGAGUGCAGCUCGCACUGCCAAGGUCACCGCCACCGUCGUGCCGAGUGCAAGCGUCGGCCGGACUCGAGCGUCGUGGACGACAUCCACUGCGAGCCGAGCACCAAGCCGCAGACGAUGGCGGAGGCCUGCAACCUGCACUGCACCCUCUGGUGUGUUUGUGUCGAGUGGUGCUGGUCGAGGCGGGGAUUGUUUUCCAACUAUAACCCAAUGUGUGUCGUCCUGAUUAUGCCCUCCUCGUCCUCGACUCCUCCGCCAGGUGGCGCUGUGGGCGAGCCGUCCGACUGCUCAGCGCGGUGCGGCAACGGCGUUCGCACCCGCAGCGUGCAGUGCGUGCAGCGCUCCGAUGGCGGCCAGGAGUCCGUGGUGCCCGACAGCCGGUGCGAGGCACGCGAGCCCAAGCCGCCGGAGGUCGAGAAGUGCGGCGAGCCGUGCCGAAACUUCCGAUGGGACUACGGAGACUGGCAGCCCUGCAGCAAGACGUGCGGUGGGGGAGAGCAGGCUCGCUCCGCUGUCUGCGUCAAUGAGAACCAAGAGCGUCACCCGGACUCGCAGUGCGAUCUCUCGGCCCGCGCCGUCAAGCGGCCCUGCAACCAGGGGGACUGCCCGCGAUGGGAGCUUGGACACUGGACAGAGUGUUCUGUGACGUGCGGCUCGGGCCACCGGCAGCGCCCUCUGUGGUGCCACCACGGAGACCGCGUUGUGGCGCCGAGCUUCUGCCACCCGACACCGCGGCCGCAGGACAAGGAGCCGUGCGAGAUGCCGCCCUGCGAGGCGCCCGCCAGAUGGCACCUCGGCGAGCAGGGACCCUGCUCCGUGACUUGCGGCGGGGGCGUGACGUACCGCAACGUGACGUGCCGGUCGGCGAGUGGCGCGAUCGUCGACGAGGUCCACUGUCACGGAUCUCCGCGACCUCACGAGGCGUCCGAGUGCAACCGGGUCUCCUGUCCGCUGCCGUGGAACUCCUCGCCGACCGCUGCGGACAGGCCCGGCGGUGUCACCUCCGCCGCUUCCGAGCACCCGUCCACCGGUCCGCGGUCUAACUUCGCCGCCUGGAAGUCGGCGCCCUGGUCGCAGUGUUCGGCGACAUGCGGCAGCGGCGUGCGCAAGCGCCAGGUGAGUUGUAUCAACGAGGUGACGGGUGCCGUGCUGCCGGACGAGGAGUGCGUCUACGCGAUCCGGCCCAGCGGCGCGGAGGCCUGCGACGCCGGCACGUGCGGCAAGUGGCAGCACGGCGACUGGUCAGCGUGCUCGUCCAAGUGCGGCCCGGGCGUGUCCAGCCGGCGCGUGCAGUGCUUCGUGCGCGACAACCUGCGCGAGGUGCUCCCCGACAGCCAGUGCGACGAGGCGGUGCGGCCCAAGCAGGAGCAGCCGUGCGUGGGACCCUGCCUGGGUGGCGGCCUGCCGCUCGCGGACACCAUCAACCACCCGUCGGGCAACCACGUCGAAGGUCCCUACCGCUGGAGGUUCGGGCAGUGGGGCACGUGCUCCCGGAGCUGCGGCGGCGGCACCCAGCGUCGCCAGGUAGGUCUGCGUGGACAACUUGGAGAGCAAGAGCAACGCCUGCAACGAGCUGCUGCGGCCGCCCGAGACGCAGCACUGCAACACCGAGGAGUGCCCCACCUGUGCGACCAAGAGUGCGGCGGUGGCCAGCAAACGCGCCGCGUCAUGUGCCAGGGCGUCAUCGGCUUCGUGGACGCCCACUGCCCGCAGCCCAAGCCGGACAUCAAGCGUGCCUGCAACCUGCACUCAUGCGCCGGGCCCACGGCGAGCCACCGGUGGCGGCCCGGACCCUGGUCCUCGUGUUCGGUGACGUGUGGCAACGGCGUCAUGAAGCGAAGCGUGGAGUGUGUCGACAGCUCCCUCCAGGCGGCACCCUACGCCAACUGCGAGGGUGACCCUCCCGAACACAUCAAAGACUGCACGAUGCGGGAGUGUCCCCGGUGGCAGCUGUCCCCAUGGUCGCAGUGUUCUGCGCCGUGCGGCAAUGGGACACAGAAGCGGGUGGCCCGCUGUAUGCGCCGCGGCGUCGAGGUGAGCAACCUCGAGUGCCAUGGCAAGAGACCGGAGACCCAGGUUCGAACCUGCAACCUGCGUACCUGCCACUACCGGUGGAAGAAGAAACGGUGGGGCCGCUGCUCAGCGACAUGCGGAGGCGGCCAUCAGACGCGCUUCGUGUCUUGUGUGGACCGGAACGAGCGGGAGGCUGAAGAUCGUUACUGCGCCCCCCAGCGGCGACCCAAGGUGGUGCGCAACUGUGCCGCCCAGCCGUGCCCCUUCGUGUGGAGGACAUCCGACUGGUCCGAGUGCAGUCGCACUUGUGGCGAAGGGUUCCAGAAGCGCUCGGUCACCUGCCACAAGGUGAACGCUUACGGCUGGGUGGACCCGACUCCACUGACCCACAGCGCGGCAGAGCGCCUGAGUGCCCUGGAGGCUGAGUCAUCGCCUUUCUACCAUGGGUCUCAGGAACGGCGUGGCCCGCACUACUGCUCGAGCCAAGAGAAGCCGCCCAACUCACGUACCUGUAUGGUCGGACACUGUGGCGAGGGAGUCUUCUGGAGGCCCGGGCCGUGGACACCGUGCUCAACAAGCUGUGGACCAGGGAAACAGAAGCGGCGCCUCCGCUGCUACGACCAGCGGAACAAGCGAGUCAACAACAGUCACUGCAGCAGCGCGCUCAAGAAGAGGAUCAAGCGGAAGCGGCGGUGCUUUUUGCGACCAUGCACUGCGGUCAGCUGUGCUGAGGUGCAACGACGCGAUGGCAUCCGCGUGGACGGCGAGCAGAAGCUGUACGUUCGCGGCCGCCUGGUGAACGUGUACUGUGCGCGCAUGAACACUUCGGAGCCACAGGAGUAUCUGUCGCUCGCUAGCGGGGAGAGCAACAACUACUCCGAGGUCUAUGGCAAGAGGUUACGGAACCCAGAUGAGUGUCCGUUUGGCGGCGCACGUGUGGACAACUGUGACUGCAUCGAAGACUAUCCGGCUUCCCUCACCACCUUCUCGAAAGUCUCAUUCAACAUCACCACGCUGCGCAUGAACAGGCACGACUUCACCUUCAGCCGGACACUGCACGGAGUCCCAGCCGGUGUGGGCGGCGCGGGCGACUGCUACAGUCGUGCGCAGUGUGCGCAGGGCCGCUUCUCACUGUCACUUGCAGGCACGGACUUCACUGUGUCGCCUGUCACCAAGUGGGUGACGCAGGGAAGCUACACCUACCACAGCAUACGGCGCCUGCAGGAGGGCCAGAUUAUUCAAGGCAGGUGUGGUGGCUACUGUGGCCAGUGCUUCCCUGACGACACGGUGGGGCUGGUGCUUGACGUCCGUCCUCCUUGACUGAGUUGGAGGAGUUAGAUCUGCCGAUCCUUUCGAAUGACUCAAGACAACAACACCAGAAUAGAAGAGUCGUGGCGGAUGUUUUCAUCAAGCGAAGGAAACUGAGUGAUGCAGUGUUCGACGCUGAGUGCAGUAUUUUCUGGCAAGUCUUCUCAACAGAUUGUGGACUGAGACGGGAAGGCUGCCAGACCUGGAAGCCAAACCCCCCACCCCAACCCUCCUUCGCCUCACCUGGUCCGUGUUCACCGCUUUCUCCGACGCACCACAAUACACUUCUGUCGCCUUUCACCCACCGUGCUGCUUGCUUGGACUCAUCUGGCUGUCUGGCACCGUGUUAUGGCCUACGCACAGAUUUCAACAAAGUGCUAUUAAGGAAAGUCAGACGAGAUGUGCCAUUGACAUCGUGUGGUUGUUGCUCACAGCAAUGGACGACAAGGUGCAGCAAGCUGAAAGAACGCUCUGUUGUGUGUGCUCGACUCAUUGUGCCUCUGUUUGUGUUUUAACCUUUCCUCUAACUCGUCGCCCACAGUUGGAUCAUUCUUGCUGUCGUCGUUGUAACUGUUUCGUUUUCCAUUAACCUUUUCCCUCCGUUGUCUGACACCACUUAGUUGUUGUUGUUGGUGUGUUUGUUACUACUUGUUCAGACCACACCUCGCUUUAUUCUUUUUACCCGUGACUUUGUUUCCUAUGUGUGGCGAUCCAGUUGCAUCGAGAAAACCCGGUGGACGUGAAGCCCUUAUUGUGUUUUGCCACAAGAAGAUGCUCGCUUGUGCACCAAAGCAUACGGACUACAUAAAAAAGUGUGUGCGUGCAAAGGCUCACUUGAGGCAACGUGCCCUCGACGAACUGUGCUUCGGCGAAACGAACCUUGACAAAUCGUCGCUCGGCUAUGCACUCAUUGCAAAGUGUGACGCUGUCAUCAUUAUUUAUUGCUUAUACAGGAGGAGUGCCAAGUUUGAAGAAGAGCCAAGGAAUUGUAUACAACAUACUUAGGCAAGCCCCAGCUGGUAUUUUGCUCUCAAUGGUGCUAUGUUUGCGUUGACUCUACCUACGGAGGGAAAUCCCGAAGUUGCGCAAGUUGAUGCAUUAUACAAUUGUUUUUUCCUUGCGUAACAUUAUACGCACCGUAAAUUUGUACAAAUUGUAAAACUUGGAGAAGUGAAUAUGACGUACCAUAAGUGAAGAAAAAAAACGACAUUUUACGCCAGUAACCGAUAAAAUUAUUUGAAUUUAAAGUUAUUGACGAUCCGCCUGUCAGUUAAGCAUAUAACUGGAGCAUAUCCAGUGCUACCAUGUUGAGCUCGCGCCUUUCACUACAUGUGUCGAUGCUGUCUACUCCAAGUGAUGGACAAAUUCUCUUUCGUCUGUAUGGUUAUUCAAAGAAUCUGUGUGUGUAAAACUUUGUAGGCUUAAUCAUUGCACAAGUUCGCAGAUAGGCUGUCAUGGUGAAGUCACUUGCAGAUGUGGUAGACGAAUGAAGCAAUUGUUGCACCAACUGCACAAUGACGUCGUGGCAACAGCAUGCAAUGUGAAAUUUUACUGUGCUUAAGGAACUAGAAUGUGAAUCAUUAUGAACUUUUUAUUAAGGGCCUCAGUGCAAAAGUUUAGAUAAGGUCACAAAUUACAGUAUCAUUGAGAUGAAUUUUGUAAGGCAAUAAAGCACCGCCAAAGACUAUUCACUGUCGAGAACGCUUAAGACAAGUGGUAUGUGCAUUUAUUCUUUGUUUGUCUUAUAAAGCACGUAGGUGUUGCACCACAAUACAGAACUUCCCUAAAAAUGCUAUAUUUCUGUGAUGAUAUAAAGUUAUGUGCGAUUUACAUUCGAUCUAGCUCCUGGAAUUGUGUUAACCCAUGAAACAUGUGACCAAGGAACUUUUCCAUAACAGUGGGGGUUGUAAUGUUGCAUGUAUUCAGAGAUGCAGAGACCGAUAUCAUCGUCAUACUUUAUAUGGAGAACCACAUUCUAGCCAGCUGGUAGGCGAGCUCCACUGCCUAGGUCCGCGAGUUCUCAAAGAACCAUUGUUUCACCUGGGUUUUUGUGCUGUAGACAUGCUAGCUCUGCUAGCUGAUGCUUCAUUUCUAAUGAGAAUUUUAAAUUUAUUAGACUUCCUUUUUUGCCACUGGAAGCCUCCAUUAUGCACCACUGCACGUGUCUCCUGUUGACGAUGUGGAGCAACUUCUGGAUUUCUGUCCUAAUUACUGUUGUAGAGCGACGACAGCAAACAGCACCACUUUUUUUAGCUAGCACGGGGCCCUACUGCCAUGCUCUAUCACAGUGGCCUCUAUUGGCCGAUUUUGUAUACGAACUGAAGCUUGCGCGUCUACUUAGAGUGCGGUCAGAGCCAUAGAAGUUGUCUUUGUUUUACGAGUGUGUGCAUGUGCGUGUUUAAUACUGUUGUGCUGCAGGAAAAUUGAAGCAUGUGACAAUUGCUGCUUAUCACCAGUGUUCAGGCCACCUACCUCAACGAGAGCAGAAAGAUAGCCAUUACACAUUGGCUGAAUGGAAGUGUUUUCGGUUGGUAGCUUUCAUUUAGCCUAUACUGCAUAGACAGCCUGCUGUACUUUUAGAAGGGGUGCAUGCGCUGCUUCAAAAACAAUUUGACGUUGUAACUGUGUUUUCACUCAUUUACACAGCAUGCCAUGUUAGUGUCAGCUUGUGUGAACCUCGCACCAUUCAAGUUGUUUGUCGAGGUGCUUAGAUAUCGGUAUUUAUCAAGCAUGUUGCCAUGAAGUGUUCUGCAUUUCACUAAAGCUUUGCUACCAUCGUUCAUGCAUUGCUUAUAUAGGGGGCCAAAGUGAGCAUUUUUCUUUCAUUUUCCGUUCACAGGUAAUGAAAUCCGAUGAAAUACAUAUUAAGAAUAUGCCCUUUCGAUCAUUUUGCUGUGGUCCUCACUUGGUAAAGGUUGUUUCCACAUUAUAUCUGAAGUUGUACAGGUGCUUCAAGCAGAACAAGUUUCAUGAUUGUAUGUGCAGCUAUUUGUGUAAAAUGCUAAGAAAGAGCUAUUGUGACGACACCGUUGCAUCACUUGAUUAAAUAUAAGACUCUUAAAAAUGAUAAUACUGUUAUGCUGAUGGGAUUUGUUCAAAAUAGAUGACUGCUAUUGCAUAUCUGUAGAUUUAAUGCAACUUUCAUUCAUGCUGGGACAUAGAUUGAGAAAUAAAAACUAUAAUGCCAGAUAAAAUAAGCUAAUAAUGUAGUGUGCACAUGAUUCCUUUGCGUAUUUUGUGCUUAGUACUUCUAGUACUUCAAGAACACUGUGCAUAUAUAGUACUGUUACUACUAGGUAUUUUUGGCAGCUAGGGUAUCAAAAAAGAAGACAUAGCAUUCCAUGCCCAGUUAAUACAGCUUCUGUGAAUGCUCAGUAAUUCAAUUGCACUCAUUCCUGAAACAUGUUUUGGAAGCCUUCGCUUUUUGAAUGGCCACUAUUGCACAAGGGUCAGAGAUAUCCUGGAAACCGUUGAGGCAAUUUCUAGACGUUUCUCACGGGUGGACCUAAUUGACAGCAUGGGCUUGCAGACCAUCUAUUGUCACUGAAGAAUAUCGGUUUGAGCAGUGAAGGAAACUGACAAAUUACAUAGCACAAGUCACAAGUUUAUUCUGGUGACUUGACAACAAGAGUUGCAGUCUGUAAUAAAGCAGCCUUGUCAUUCUAGCACUACAGUUGUCACUAGAGCUCCACGGAAUGCCCAGGAAAAGGCUAGGCAGCUGUGCAGUUGACUAUGUUGGGGGCAUAUCAUUGUGUCUAUGACAUCCUUGGCAGCUGUCACUCUAUUGUACUAAUGCCUUUCUCACAUAAUCAAUGUGUUUCACUAUAUCACUUGACCACACAUCCUAACUAACAGACCGUAAGCAUCCAAGAAACCUAAAUACUAGGUGAAACGCUUCUUUUUCACUGUGACUAACACUUCACACAGUCCACUAGUCACAAAAAUAUUUUCUUUCCCUAUCUUGCCCCAUUGAAGUGAACUACGGCAUGCAAUUCUGAGAACAGGCAAUCAUUCUGAGGAAUUGGUGAAACGCAUCUGCUCUAAGAAGUUAAUGUGCCCAUAUUGGGACUUUCUGCACUGAAAUAGACAUUCUUUAUGUACCCCCAACUUUUGAAAGCUCUUCAGGUCUGCAAAAUGAGCCUUUGAGAAAAAGUUGACUGCUGAAACUUUACCUUGAAAGUAUCUCGCUCCCGAGAAGCUGCAAUUCUGGUACUCAAAUGUGACUGUGUAGCCUUAGCCUAGUGCAUCAUAACAAAUAUAUAUUACUUACACAGCAUACAAUAUACUUUCUUCUUUUAGUGUUAUCGCUGUUUCAUAAUCUAAAAGGCCGUAAAGGCUAAUCCAAGCAGCACCCUUCGAAUCUGGAGCGUAGUGAACAGAAUAGAGGCACGAAUAAGUGUGGCCUAUUGUAAUUUUUCAGAGUUCAUCGGAGCAGAAUGUUUAUUGGCAACAUCAGGCAGCUUUGUCAAUAGCCAUUUGGUUCAGCGCACAAUUGCUUGACUGUAGUCUAUGAAAAAAUAUGCUUCCGUCCUAUGUACUUUAUCGAGCCUGGGCUAAUACAGAGCGUUGUGCGGGUUCUCUGUGCUUAAUGUGCAAUUUACCUUUAGUAUAAGAUUUUGAUCAAAUGCUUGUGCUGUAAUCUGCUAAUUCUACUCAGCUUAACUGGAACUGUUAAACCAGGUGCCUCCUUUCAUGUGGUGUAAAAGGCAGCUUUUUUGCUUCACCAUGCAUCCCACUGCAAAAUGGGUCUUCUGCUGAUAGCAGGGGAAUUGUACAUUGACUUUAAACUCUUGUUAUUUUUUUCUUCAAUGUUACAUCCGAGUGGAAAGUAGUGUCAGUAGUUCCUGCAGGUAAGCGUAGUAUAGAGCAUGCUUUGUGUCGAGUGCUUGAGUAGGUCUUGUGAAUUGGAAUGAAGCGCUUGCUGCAAAGUUCUUCACUGUGCACUUGCUGAGAGAGAAAGUUUUCACCAUUCAGGGCACAAGGUGCUACCACCGAUAUCAAGAUAAAUUUUAAAGGUAGACUGUGUAUGACAAGUUACGCUGUUAUGUCGUCGACCUCCCCGUCACCCACACCUACCACUUUCCCUGUGCCCGGUGUUAUGCGUUGUGUUUUCCCGUGUCGUGUGCGUAGCAAACAUUCACGUGUUUCUAUUAAGGUGAUUACUAUUAUAAUUAUUAUUGUAAUUAUUUUUGUUUCCUGAGGAGAGGAUGCUUUUAGUCCUCUUCCGCACUGCCAUGCGUUUUGGCCGCACUGCCUGUAAAUAAACAUGAUGCACAUCACCACACUGUA